AUGCUAUGUUUAUGGUCAAUGGACGUUGGCUACGCUAUGUUCAUGGUCAAUGGACGUUGACUAAGCUAUGUGUAUAAAUAGCACUUUAUUCCUUCCCCUACAAAAAAAUAAAUGGUACACAGUGUAGGAAUGUGUAGGAAUGUGGGUUCCCUAGCUAGAGAAACGUUGCUGUAGAAAUCCGCGUUCUCGUCUGUGUGUGUGUGUGUUGGUUUCGGUUAUCGAUGAGGAAGGUUGUAGAACUUUCUAUGAGCUAAGAUAUAGUUGGCAGUAAGGGGGGGGGGGGUAAAAACGGAACAAAAACUAGAAUAAAGAGAGUCGAUUGAUUGAUUUAAUAUUGUCGUGGAAAAACUUUCGAGCUGACUUGUUUUCUCGUGACGUAUGCGCUGUUACCUUCGACCUUGUUUUGAUUUUUAAAUACACUCUUAGUGACGUAUACUUUAGUUGUGGUCACGUGGUUCUAGUACCACAAAAUAACUUGACGAAGAUCCUCAUAUUCAAUUCUUGCUAAUAGCUUACACGUUUUGUAAUGGAUAGAAAUGUAAAAAAAAACAAAAGUGGAAGUUUGUGGGAAACACUAGUAGCCUAGGGGAGUGACGACUUAACAAGUGUUGCGGCCAAGAGUUAUCCUCCCCUUGUGUCCAUAGCUUGACAAAGAAACAGUCAAGUGUCCAAAGUCAUCAAGAUGAGAUGUGUAUCCAUGCUUCUGCCUCCUGCGACUUACUAUUCAUUCACCAUGUGACACUCUAUGUGCGAUCAGAAGCUGAUUCUCACUUGUGAUACUUAUAUAGUCUUAAAAAGUAGAAGUAAUAUAGAAGGUUAUGCUGGAUGAAGACUAAUCGUAUAUCUGGGUUUCUUGUGGGUUUUUUACCCCUUACGUUUUAAUGCUUUUGGUUCAACAAGCUUUUCCCUGAGUUACUUACAAAUUACAGCAUUGAACAGUACACACCUCGUAAAGAAUUUCGCCACCAAAAGGGGAAAUAUUUAGACAUUGAUUUGUUUUUACAAACAGUUUGUAUUGGUCUGGGGAAGAUCGUUGAUCUGAAAUGGGUGGUGGAAACUUCGGUCACGUGGGGAAAAAGCGGGAUAGCAGCAAGCUUCCUGAUGAGAAGGACGGCUCCAGCGUUGACCCGGUGAAAGAUGAAGGCAACUACGUGGCUCCACCUGACGGAGGCUGGGGCUGGAUGGUGGUGCUCUCCUCCUUCCUCAUACACGUCAUCGCCGACGGCGUCGUGUACUCCUUCGGAGUCUUCCUAAUGGAGCUGGUGGACUUCUUCAAGACAUCCAGAGGCGACACAUCCUGGGUGGGCUCUCUGCAGCCUGCGGUUACCUUCACGGUUGGUCCACUGUCUAGCGCACUGACCAACCGCUACGGAUGUCGUCCAGUUACAAUAGCUGGGGCUAUCAUAGCAGGCGUUGGCUUUAUCCUCAGCACCUGGGCCCCGAACUUGUCCUACUUGUAUUUCACUUGCGGCAUAAUGGCAGGUGUUGGCUUUGGCCUUAUAUAUCUACCAGCUAUCGUGUGUGUUGCUCAAUACUUUGAAAAGAAACGAUCCUUUGCUACUGGUCUUGCUGUCUGUGGCUCUGGAUUUGGAACCUUUAUCUUGGCACCUAUUACCGAAAUGCUUGUAGCUGAGUACUCGUGGAGGGGUGCCAUGCUCAUUAUGGGUGGCAUCAUUCUCAAUGUGGUAGCUUGUGGCAUUAUCUUCCGCCCUCUUGAGCAGGAGUUUCCUGGUAGUGAUAAGGGCUCUUCUUCGGAUGACUCUGAUACUCCUUGUGAAAACAUCACAGAUGCCCCCAAGAACACCAUUGCUAUGGAAGAGAUUGAAUUGUUGGUGGUAGAGGAGCUCACUCGGCAUGUCAUCGGAGAUGGAGAGGAAAAGAAUAAAGAUGGCCCCAUGACAGAGGCUGAAGGCCUGGAGAUCAUUGCCAACCUACAGCAGCAGCAUGCACUUCCAAGUGGAAUACCACACCUAAUCAAAGGCAGCCUAGUGCCAUCUAGUCCAGAGGCAUUUUCUAAUUCUUUGCCUACACAUUCUUCUGGAUUUCCAGAUGAAAGUUUAAAGAAUCCCCCAGACUCCCCAACAAGUAACACCACAUCCACGUCUUUGUCUGUACCAACAGAGAAUAUAAGUAAACAGAAGCAUGGCAAUGGAACAACACAUGGCUUUGGUAAGCAACAAACAAGCAGAAUUGCUCACCUCAGUGCCAGCCAGUGCCUCACAGUCCCUGAUUCACAAAAACUAAAUGCUGGCACAAUUGCACUGGCUCGGUCAGAUGGUGCCCUGCACAAGAACUCACAACGUGCCGCAGACAGUUUACCUUCUCAAGGAGAUGGGCAUGUUGUUAAAAGGCAGAGGCACCACAGGAACAGUGAGUCCUCAACAUCUAACUCCCUGGCUCCCCUCAGCCGCAAAGACAUUUUCUACAGCGGCAGCCUUUUCAACAUUCCAAUGUAUCGCUCUCAUCCAGACGAAUACAAGGCAACAGUGACAAGUGUCACUGAUAAACCAAAGAGUUUGCCAGACUCUCCUGACACACCUACAAAGAAAGGUGGCUUGAGUGACAUUUACAAUGAGUUUCGUAGUACCAUGAGAGACAUGCUUUCUUUGAGCCUGCUAAAGAAUCCAGUCUUUCUCAUGUUUGGUAUUUCAAAUUUCUUCACCAGCAUAGGUUUCAAUAUGCCUUUUAUUUUUUUACCUGACAGAGCUCACUUAGAUGGCAUUGAUCAAGAAAGAGCUGCUUACCUUCUUUCUGUCAUUGGCAUAGCCAAUACCUUAGGCAGGAUCAUCUUUGGCUUUCUCUCUGAUCGCCCUUGGGUCAACCGUCUUAUGCUGUACAAUACUGCCCUGACAAUAUGUGGUGGGGCCACUGCCCUAAGUCCUGUGGUGGGGGGCAACUAUGAGCUAUUAGUUGUGUAUGCUGCUGUUUUUGGAUUGUUCAUUGGUGUCUAUGUGUCCUUGACCUCAGUUGUACUUGUCGACUUAUUAGGAUUAGAAUACUUAACAAAUGCAUUUGGUCUUUUGCUGUUGUUUCAAGGGGCAGCUACUUUCAUUGGUCCACCUAUAGCUGGAUGGAUGUGUGAUUGGACAGGCAGCUAUGACAUUUCCUUCAUUGUGAUGGGUUGUUUGAUUGCAUUGAGUGGCGCCAUGUUGUACUUUUUACCUUGUGUCCAACGUUAUGCAGAAAAGAAAAUGCCACAGACUAAACGUUUUCACGACAUUGAGUUGGGAAAGCAUUCAGCAACAGAAGAGUCAGAAAUAAUGCUAAGUUCAUUGAAAGAAAAUGAUGCAUAAAAUAUUUUUGUAUAAAAUAUGUACUUUUUAUUGACAUAGCAAAUUUUUAAAUAUGAAAAUUGACUUUUUAAUGUUUUCAAACGUCAAAUAUUUUUUUUAAAAAGAGCUUCAUUAUGCAAGUAGGUAUGCAUAUAGGUAUGAACAUAAUCCUAAUUCUAAUGGAUUCAAAGAAUUCUAGAUUACUAAAGUAAUGUAAGUAAUUUGGACCAAAGUUCCAUUUAAUCAAAACAAUUAUGAAGAAUGUUCAUCCAUCUCCCAUGAGCUUGAAUUCUAUCAUGAAAGUGAAGAGUGUUUAGCUCCAACAUAUGACAGCAGACAAAGAUCAGAGGUGAUCAUAUGUUGUUCUUUUGUUCACUAUUGAUCUGUCUUACUGGAUAACUUCUGCAAACAUUGAUUUUAGUGAAAACAUUUUUUUUUUAUAGCCUGUUUUGGUAUUCAUGUUGUUACCAUCUAUAGAUUGUAAAUUUCACACAUGUUAACCACUUUUAAAGUUGCUGCCUUCUCAGGAUAUAGGAGUUGCCCUUGCAUGACACCUAAUACUCUGUACAAGGGAAUGAAUGGAUAAUCCAAUGAAUGAAUCAACACAAUUAUCCUGUAAUUUAAUACAGUAAAUCCAUACAGUGGUGAAAAUCCUUCAGAAAUGUUGCAUCCUAUCUUCUAUCAAAAUACAAUGGGCCACCAUCAGUAUUUAGAGAAAACUGUGCCAACUCCAGUACCAGAACAUUUAAGUUGUUUCCAGAUAUUUUUAGCCUUACAGUCAACUGUUAAAAAUUGACAAGUUCUCCACUUAAGUUUAACAAUUUAGUUUCUUAAUUUAGACUUGGCUGAAUGAUUGUCUGUCACUUUGCUAUUGUCAGAUUGAAGUUUGAAAAUACAAGUUGUAGUUUUUUUCUUUUUCCAGCUAGUGGAAUGAAAAGUCAAAGUUUUAGUGUGUCUUUCCUUCACAGUGACUUUUGGGUCCAUCCCAUUACAUGAACAUUGGGUCACCAGAGACAUCAUAAUUCAGCAACAACAACAAAACUGGCCUCUUUUUCUUUGAUAAUUUAAUAGGACUGUCCUUCAUUCCUCAUUUCUACUAGGUCUGAUGAGUUGCAUAAAGUCUUCCUUCUGAACAUUCAGCUGUGACUGCAAUACAUGUUUUUCCUGGUGAUCAACUUUUUUUUUACUCUAAGACUCAAAUGAUGUCUAAUACAUAGUAGAUAGUACUAAUACAUUGAUAAUUUCCCAACCACAGUCAGAAAAGUCAUGGUGGGCCAGACAUUUGGUAUCUGAUGUAUCUGACAUUCAUAGAUUGAAAACAAUAUAUCUUGAUUGCUCCUCAUAAUGUGAAGUGUCGGAGUCUCAAGAUAUGAGGCAAGGAGAGUGGCCAGCAUGAACGAAUGUAGCCAACAAAUAUAUAUAUAUGUGAUGCCAGUUCUUUCAAUAUCAGUCCUACUUUUGGCUUCCAGGUCUUUAAUUGCAUCGUAAUGAUAGCUUUGUAUCCUGUCAAGCAGCAAUAUUCUAUAGUAGUUCAGACACCUUUCCAGUCCAACAAGGGCUAACAUUAGGCCAGUGGCUGUGAGGCAAUCGAUUCCAAAUAGUUUAUUUUAAUAUGUUCAUCAUUUAUAAACUAUUCACAAAAUGAAAAUAGGCAGCUGAACUUUCUUAGUUGCUGCAUAUACUGAAGAUUAUUUUUAAGAAAAGAUUUUUUUUUCAAAUGAAUGAAGCUCAUAAACAUCAGUUCUUGGUUCUAUGUUCAUUGUAGGUGUGAAAACUAAUGGAUAUACCAAUGACAUUUCUGUAUUUGUAUAUUUUGUAUAGCAUAUGCCCAAUUUAAUGGCAAAGAACAAAUUGUGUAAUAACCAGAUGGUUAUUAGUGCCAAAAUAAUUGUAUCUGAUUUCCUUGUUAGAUAAACAUUAAUCUACGGCAUAAUAUAUAUAUAUAUAUUUGUAUACAAAACUGUAAUAUUGUAAACAUUUUCUGUCAUUCAUGUUGAGGUUCUUCCUAUACACAAACUAUUUGUAUUCAUAAAGUCAUUGCUGAAAGAGAAGGAAUUUUACAUUUUGCGGUUUCAUUAACAUGCUUUAGGUGAGCUAACUUCAUAUAAUGUUUCACAGAAAAAAAAAAUGGUUUUAGCAAAUGUCCAUUUUGUCUAUUUUAUCUUUAAAAAAUUUUAAAAUAAAAAUUAUGAUGACUACAUUUAUACUGCUUAACUUGAAGCCUAGAUUUUAUGUUUCUGUUUUCCUUUUUUUUUACUCAGACGUUUUUAAGAUAUUCUUUUACUUUUUUUUUUUUUUUUUUUUUUUUUUUUUUUUUUUUACAUAUUAAAAAGAAGCUUUUUUAUAUAUAUAUUUUUUUGCUUUGCUAAGUCCUGAGCAACCACUUUUAGUGUUAGUUUAAUUAGUUUUCUAUAUGAUCAAAGUUGAGCAUUGUAAUAUACCAGUUAUUUAGAGUAAAUUAUACUUUUUUAAAAAUUAUUUUCAGAUAAAUUUGUUUCAAAGUUAUAUUCUAUACAAGUUUUCUAUUUACACCCAUUUAUACAUACAUAUAAGUAUACAUUAAGUUGCAUUUAAACAUUUUAAAUCUAAGUCCAUUUUCAGCCUUUCUAUAAGAAAAAUAUUUUUUUUACCCAUAAAGUGUGCCUUGUUUAAUUUUGUCAUACUUAAAAUUAACAUUAUAUGAAAGAGAAUUAUGUUUUGAAACAUUAAGUAUUAACUUUAUUCGUACAAUUCGUGUUGUAGUUUUUCUAAUAAAUUUUUUGUGUAAUAUGUUAGUCCUAUUUUUUUACAUGCUUAAUCUGUACAGAAGUGCAAUACAUAUGUUGAGACAACACUUCAAUCAUAGCUAGACUAAUAAAUGAAACUGCAUUGUCAUCUUAAUAGUUUUCACCCAAGUAACUUUUGAAAGUUAUGUCUUAACUCAAGUUUUAUUGAGUCAAACAUUGUUUUGAAUGACUUGAUUGUCUGUUGAUGAGUUCCAACUUUUAGUUAAUAACCUAGGCCUGAUUACCUAACUAUUGUAUUAUAUAGUGGUUCAACAUUUGCGAAAGUUUGGUGGGGUUAAGAUGUAUGAAUAUUUUCAUAAUAUAUUAUAUUCUUUCCUUGCUUUUUUUUCAGCACAUAGUACAAAGUAUACUUUUUAUUUUUGAUAUCACCUUUAUGGUACAGAUAAAAAUAUAUUUUUAAUUGUUUUUUUUUUUUACUUGUUUAAUUGUCUUCUUCAUUACAACAGAAAUUUAAAAAAAAAAAAAGAUUAUUUUAAAGUUAUCUCAUUGCUUACAUUUCAUUUAGGUUUGAUAAGUAAUAAUUAUAAAUAAAAGUGUGAUUUUGAAAGAAACUUUUUUUCUGCAUUACAAAGAGUAUAUCAUAUUAAGAACAUAACAUCCAUACACUGCACCACAAGCAUAGUAUAAACAUAGGCAUGUUUUUUAUCCUUUACUUUUGUUAGUCAGAAAUUUGGUUGGUAUUGCAGUAAGAAAGUUUACUAACUGUUGACUAAUUGUGCAAUUGUUAAUAUAGACAAUGUGUUGUUUUACUCCAUUUGUUAAAUUUAUAUAAAUACAUGUGAUGUAACUAUUAUAUGAAAUAAACACCAUCUUAGUAUAUCUCUAAAUGAAAAUAAAAAACAAUUUGUCAAUGGCAUUGUUGUGUUGUACUGAUAUGUCUGGAGUCUUGAGAAAAAUGCUUUCAGAUUUCAAGUAACAUAUUUUUAUUUUCUUUUUGCUACAUUACUAGAUGUACUAGACUUUAAAAGGUGGAAGAAAAUCCAAAACAAAGAAAGCUGAUCCCCCCCUGGUUUAUUCAUGCCCUUAUUUUUUUUUAGUACAAGGACUCCCAAAUAUUCUCUCUGAUUCUCUUUCCAUGUUCCUAAGCAUAAUUUGUUUUAAUACAAACUUUUUAAUUAAUAGGAAUUGUAUAUUCUUAGCUGAUUUGAUAUUUUUUGUGAAGACUUGAAAAUACAGAAAUGAUACAAGCACUUACUUGUGAGGUAUUGAAGCUCAGCACUUAAGAGACUUUGCUUUGCUAAUAUUUUAAAUAACACAUUAGAGAUUUUCCCAUCCACUGUGUGCUUCUGAUAGUGCAAAAGAUAUUGUUUUAAUGAAACUAAGUGACUUAUUUUAUAAAAUGAUACACAUUUAAAAAAAAUGACAUUUAAAACUGUUUCUAGUGGUGUUUUUAUUAGUUUCAGUGACUUUGAAUUAUAAUAUUUUUUAGGCUUCAUGAAUAUAUUCAUUAAUAUCAGGGAAUUUCUUUCAUAUAUUUACACAAUAACACUAAUGUGGCCUUAAGUAAAGCUUUUGUUUUUACUUUACUUGUUAAUCCAGUUUUUUAUGUUAACUAAAAGUUGUACUUUGUUCUUUAAUGAUCAAUCAAUUCAUGUGAUUUUUUUUAAUUCAGGGGAUUCAAAACAUUAUAAUGUUCUGGAAAUACAAAUCAUAAACUUUAACAAGACGAUCACAGCUUUCUUCCAUUAUACUGACUUUUAUUUUAAAUAUGUCAUGUUAGGAGCAUUGGCAGUGUGAGAAUAUUGAAUCUCAACACAAAAUUUUCUAUCCUUACGUAAAUCUAUGUCAAAAAAAAAAAGUUUUUAGUUUAUAAGUAUGUUUAGAAUGUAGGGGUCAUGGUGGCUGAGUGGUAAAGCGCUUGGCUACCAAACCAGAAAAUCCUGGGUUCAAAUCUCGGUAAAGACUGAUAUUUUGAAUUUUGGGAUUUUUAGGGUGCCCCUGUGUCACCCAGCUCUAAUGGGUACCUGACUUUAGUUAGGGAAAGUAAAAGUGGUUGGUUGUUAUGCUGCCCACCCAACACACUUGUUAAUUGUCAGCCAUAGAAACAGAUGACCUUUACAUCAUCUGCCCUAUAGAUCGCAAGAUCAGAAAGGGAUAUAUUACUUUUAUGUUAAAAUGUAAAUGUCAAUAAAAAAACAACAGCUACAAGAUAGACUUUAAAGAUAUAAAGAAACAACACCUGUAUGUCUUUUUAAAAUGCAGUCAUAUUAUGUUUAAUCCUAAAUUUUCAUUUUGUUGAAAGUACCAAGGCUUCUUUAGACUCUAUAAACUAUAUCUUGUUGUUGACUGAAAUUCUAGGUUUCAGUAUAUGGCUUCUUAUCACCUCUUUGAAAAAAAAAAAGAUUUGUGUUGUUUUUUUAAUAUGUGAAAUAAAAAAAAAAUACUGUUUA